AUGGGCAGAAGUUUCGAUUUCCUGUUUGCUCUUGCAGUUCUCAUUCUGUUUCAUCACCAUACUUCAGUGGCUACUGUACCCAACAUUAACACUGAUGAAGCAGCUCUUCUUGCCUUGAAAUCUCACAUUUCUUCUGAUCUUAACAACUUGUUACAAAGCAACUGGUCUUCUUCCAGCCCAGUUUGUAGCUGGAUUGGCAUCACUUGCAGCUCUCGCCACCAUCGAGUCACAGCUUUAGACAUUUCUAGCAUGCAACUUCAUGGUACCAUUCCUCCGCAUCUAGGAAACCUCUCAUUUCUUGUUUUCCUCGACAUCAGUAACAACACUUUCCAUGGGGAGUUGCCAGAAGAAUUGGCUCAUUUGCAGAGGUUGAAACUGAUUGAUGUCACAAUCAAUAACUUCACUGGUGGCGUCCCACCAUUUUUAAGUUUGUUAUCUAACAUCCGAUACAUGUACCUUUCGAGCAACCAAUUUUCGGGGAAAAUUCCAUCUUCCCUUUCCAAUGUAACAAAACUGGAGGUGUUGACACUAAAGGAAAACUUUCUCGAAGGAGUGAUCCCUCGAGAACUCCGUGAUCUUCGUCAUAUGACUUUCAUAGACCUGCAAUUCAACCGGCUCACUGGCUCUAUACCGCCAUCAAUCUAUAACAUUACACCAAUGCAAAAGAUUGGUCUCACCUACAACAAUCUUACUGGUAAGCUUCCAACAACGAUAUGUGACCACCUUCCAAACUUGGAAAAAUUUGGCAUCUCGUACAACUAUCUAGAUGGCACUAUUCCACCAAACUUAGAAAAAUGCAGAAAGCUUCAGAUGUUGUCAUUGUCUGGCAAUGAUUUCAUUGGAACUGUGCCAAAAGAGAUAGCCAACUUAACAGCUCUUAUGGAAUUAUAUCUUGGAGAUAUGCAUUUGGAAGGAGAGAUACCAGUGGAGCUAGGUAAUCUUAAGAAACUACAGUUGCUGGGAUUAUUCGGGAAUGAGUUUAUUGGUUCCAUCCCUACAAGCAUUUUCAACAUGUCAGCAAUUCAGUACCUAUCAUUUGACGGAAACAGGCUUUUAGGUACUCUACCUUCAGAUUUAGGCCAUAGAAUGCCCAGCCUUGUAGAAUUCAAUUGUGCAUUGAAUAAUCUGAGUGGUUUUAUUCCUGCUUCUAUCUCAAAUUCUUCAAGACUCAGAAAACUUGAUCUCAGUGCCAACAGUUUCACAGGUCCAAUUCUUAAAUCACUUGGUAACUUAGAACAUCUUGAGUUUUUGAACUUGCACUAUGCUUGUAAACUAAAGGGAAUUAUUCCUGAAGAAAUUGGUAAUCUUACUGGAGUGACAAGGAUGAAUAUGCUUAACAAUGAGUUGACUGGACAUAUUCCAAAAACUAUCCAACGCAUGUUGAAUCUUCAACAACUUUACCUACAAAGAAACAAGAUAGAAGGAACCAUACCAGAUGUUAUUUGCACUUUAAAGAAUCUCGGUGCAUUAGACUUGUCGGAAAACCAGCUUUCUGGUUCAGUGCCUCCAUGCUUAGGGAACAUUACCAGUUUGAGGAAUCUUUAUCUAGCUUAUAACAGGCUGAAUUCAACAUUACCUGCAAGUUUAGGAAGCCUUCAAGAUCUCGUAGAAUUCAACGUUACAUCCAAUUUAUUAAGUGGAAAAAUUCCUCUGGAGGUUGGAAAUAUAAAGGCUGCAACACUCAUUGAUCUAUCCAAAAAUAAUUUUUCUGGUGAGAUCCCUAACACUCUAGUGGGUCUGGAUAGAUUGAUCAAACUUUCUCUAGCACAUAAUAGAUUAUAUGGGCCUAUUCCAAAUUCAUUUGGAAGAAUGUUGGCCUUGGAAUUCUUGGACUUUUGCUAUAACAAUCUUACUGGUGAAAUACCAAAGUCAUUAGAAGCUCUUGUGUAUCUCAAGUACCUGAACUUCUCAUUCAAUAAACUCAGUGGAGAAAUUCCCACUGGUGGUCCUUUUGCAAAUGCCACAAGUCAAUCUUUCUUGCCCAAUGAUGCACUUUGCGGUGACUCUAAAUUUCACGUGCCACCAUGUGUCACCAAAUCUCCCAAGAGGAAAAAGAAAAUUUUGGUUUUGUCUGUCGUUUUGGGAGUGGGUCUAGUAUUUCUUGCAUUAGCCCUCUUUUAUGUAUUUUUGAGGUUGCGAAAGAUGAAGAAGAAUGCAAGUCAAGCAGAUUCGUCUCUGGUGAAAUUUAAAGGACAUGAAAGAAUUUCCUAUUAUGAACUUGAACAAGCAACUGAAGGAUUUAAUGAAAGCAACUUGCUUGGUAUUGGGAGUUUCAGCAUGGUCUACAAAGGGACACUUAAGGAUGGUACUCUUUUGGCAGCAAAGGUAUUCAAAGUGCAAUUGGAGGGUGCAUUCAAAAGUUUUGACACAGAAUGUGAGAUGCUUCGGAACCUUCGCCACAGAAAUCUGGCCAAAGUCAUCACCAGCUGCUCCAACCUUGAUUUCAAAGCCCUAAUUUUGGAAUACAUGCCCAAUGGGACACUUGAUAAAUGGUUAUACUCUCACAACUUAUUCUUGGACUUAUUACAGAGAUUGAAUAUAAUGAUAGAUGUGGCUGCAGCAUUAGACUAUCUCCACAAUGGCUAUUCAACACCUGUGGUGCAUUGUGACUUGAAGCCAAGCAAUGUCUUGCUAGAUCAAGACAUGAUUGGCCAUGUCAGUGAUUUUGGCAUUGCCAAAUUGCUAGGUGCAGGGGAGACUUUUGUCCAAACAAGGACUAUUGCAACCAUUGGAUACAUUGCUCCAGAGUAUGGACAAGAUGGAAUAGUAUCCACAAGCUGCGAUGUUUAUAGUUUUGGCAUUUUGAUGAUGGAGACGCUUAAAAGAAUGAGACCAAGUGAUGAAGCAUUUACUGGAGACUUGAGCAUACGAUGCUGGGUUAGUGAUUCUUUUCCAAAUGGAAUUCAUAAGGUGGUGGAUGCUAAUUUGGUACAGGCAGGGAAUGAAAAAAACGACACAAAGAUGCAGUGUAUGUUAUCUAUCAUGGAAUUAGCCUUGAGCUGCACCUUAGUGAAACCUGAUGCAAGAAUUAGCAUGGAAGAUGCUCUCUCAGCACUUAGAAAAAUUAGGCUUCAAUUUGUCAGUAAUCGUCACUAG